UUCGUCCCCUCCUUUCUUGCAUAUACCUCCCGGCCAACAUCGAGCGCCUGCCUCCUAUAAAAGAGUCGGCAGCUCCGCUCACUGCUACAGUUGGCUUCAGUGCAAGAGGCAAGUGACAGCAGACUACUACCGACAUGAACAAGUACUUGGUGGUGCUGGCCGGCGUGCUGGUGGUGUUGGCCCUGGUCCAGGGUCACCACGAACCGGGCCACGUGGGCGACGACAGCACCGACGGCGGCAGUGAGGGGGGCAGCAGCGGCGGCGCCACCAGCCGCGGGGGCGGCGGCAGCGAUGGCGGCAGCACCGGGGGCGGCCACAGCGGCAUCGGCGGCGACCACACGGGACACCACGGCGGCGGCAGCGGUCACGACCACCACGCCUAGGCUGACGUCUCACUCCGAUCACGGCCCCUGCAACGGCUCCAGAUGAGCACACAGCUCCUACAUUAUCUCUGUCCCCUUUUCCUUUCAAUCCGUAAAACCUUCUUUGAAUUUUGGAUACACUGUAAUAAUGACCGAAAUCAAUUUUUCAGUACUACAAUAAAGCUUCAGUUGUUAGUUUAA